UCUGCUCCUCUCUCCUCCUCACUCUGUGCCUUUCUCCAUCACACACACACACACACACACACACACGCGCCGCAUCCGUCAGCUUGCAUGCGUCCCUCCUCGCGCCAGCGGGUGGCCGACUGGCUGCUCGCGCUGCCGUUGGGGAGAGGAGGAGAGGAAUGCGCGCGCCGCGGCCGCCUGGAGAUGAUCUCGUUUUGGUUGCUGUGCUGGAAGCUGUUGAGGGCAACAGCUGGGCUAAGGAGGACAGCAGCUGAGCUAACAGACGGUAACCACGACGACAGUAGCUCUGGCAACAAUAACCCUGUCAACGACUCUCCCACCCCUAUACACCCAACAGAUUCAGUUGCCAUGGAGAUCAGCUCAUCACCACCGCUAACAGACAUGGAGAGAGAAAACUUGGUUGGCUGGUGCAGCCAAAAAGUAGAGGAACUCCAUUACCCAGAAGUCCACAGGGGGCAACAGCCAAUCGUGGACGAGCAGGAGGAAGAGGAGGCUGCAGAGCAAGAAAAUGAAAAAAGGGAUGCGGAUGAGUGUGACUAUCUUGUUUUUGAGAUAGGAAAGCAGAAGGGAGGGGACGAAGGAGGGGAAAGUGAUGGAGGACAAGACACAGAGAGAGGAGAAGAUGGAGGAAGAGGAGCAACAACAACAGAAGGAGAGGAAGGAGGAGGUGGAGAAACAGAGAGGGAAGAUGGAAGAACAGGAGACACAAAAGAGGAGACAGUGGGAGAGAUGAAAGAUGAUGUUCUGUCAGAGCUCUUCUUUAUUACUGACAGUCCAUUGUGUCCUCCAUCAUUAGAGGUCCUGAUACCAGAUCCUGCAGAGCAGCCUACAGAGACCAUGCUGUACGAGGCCUGGGGUCAUGACCCCGGCAACCGAGAUGACCUUAGCGACGGUCACCUUAGCGACUGCCUCCAGGCUGAGCUGGCUCUUGUGUACUCAGACAGCGAGGCAGGGGAGGACCAAUGGGCUGCAAAUGGCUUUGCAUCAUGUGAUGUUGCCAACCAGGAAGAAGCAGUUGGAGGGAUUAAUGAUGGCGUCUGUGAUGGAGAGAACAAGGAAGAGGAGAGAGGAGGAGAUGAGGAGGAGAGAGGCAAAGAAGAGGCUGAGGCAGAAUCAGAGACUGGAGUAGAGGUGGUGGAUGUAGAAGAGGAGCAGAAGGAGAGGAGGAGGAGCAGUAAUGAUGGCGAAGAGCAGAUGAGGUCAAGAAGAGAUCUUUUCCUGCGGUCUCCUUCUGUCAGCUCUACAGCCAGCUACACAGACUCUGACAGGAAGGUUCCUGUAGAUUUCUGUGUCCAACAAGAGGCCCACAGUGAAAAUGUUUCCACUGAACACGUGGACUUUUUGUUGGCCCGCAAGCAGUGGAGGAAGAUGGAGGAGGAGGUCAAAGGUCAGCCAAUUCCCAAACCAGGGCUCAGGGCUCAGGGGAGCUUCCAGGGCACCCACACUUCACUGUACCCCCCCACUCGCAGCCCUCGACUCAAACACAGGGAGAUCCAUCCAGCCGUGCCCAGGGAGCCCGUCCUGUCCUCCACCCUGUCCCCGAGUUCAGAGGACUCAGGCCUGGAUGACUUGUCAUACCGCAGCACAUUGGAGGAACCAGAGAGUGCGGUGGAAAGAGAGAUCCGACUGACUAUAGAGAGAGAGGAACGGCACCGCAGGGAGAGGGGGGAGAUUACACAGGGCUUGGCAAUACCCAGACCAUCCACCCUGCAGACAGGAAGAUCUCCACCCAGACCACCAGCCUGUCGCACCCCUACCUUGUCCAUAUCCCCAUCUCCUUCCUGCUCCUCUUCCCUUCCCCGGUCUGUCUACCAUGAAAUGACAGCCAAUAAUGUCAUUAUCUUGGAGCCUGACUGCUCUGGCUCUGCCUCCAGGAACCGUUUACUCUCCUCUGCAAUUGGGGGCCUCUCUGAUUGGCCGACAAGCCAGGAUGCUUCCGCUAAUGUCAUUGUGGUGGAAACAUCCAAUCUCAUCAUUCGAAGCGCUUCCGAAUUCUGUCUUAGCUCCGCCCCUGUAUCUAUGGAAACACAGGAGAGCACUUUCUCAUCCAAUCCAUUCUUUAAGCUACGCUCCCUCAGCAGCCAAUCGCUGGUGGAGCAAGAGAUCCGCAUGGUGAGGCAGAGGGAGGAAGAGUGGAGAAAGCAGAGGGAGGAGAUGUGGAGGAGGAGGAGGGAAGAGGAGUGGAGGAGAGGAAGAGAGAGGUACGGUACUGUGCUGGUGUCUCCAGGCCUGAACGAUAACAUCAGUUACAAUGUGCCAGAGGUUCCAGACAGAUCUGUCUCCUCCCCUUCAUCCCCCUCCAGGACCCGCAAAAUGGAACGAUCCAGUAUGUCAUGUGACCACAAGUUCCCCCUUUCCCUCUCUUCAGUGCCAAGACGACAGAACGCCAUGGCACAGCGAUGGGAGGCCUCUCUAUUAGCCAAUCAGAAGAAGGAGUGAGGAACAACAACGUUCAACUUUCAGCCACUUAAAGAGUUUCGUCUGUCGGCAGCCCAAUGAGUCAGAAAUGUGUUGUCUGAGGGAUAACUAACCCAUGAAGCCAAUCAAGGUCCUUUACUUAUCUUGGGUGUCUGUAUGCUUUAAUGUAUGGGAAAGCUGAUGAGCUAAACUGGUCUGUUGCAUGAUGUCUGAACCAAUGACACAGUGGAACUACCCGUCAUGUCACAGUUUAGACAUUUGUAUUAUAUAUAUGGUGACUUCUGAGGCACAUUCCCAAGAGGUGUAUCAUAAUAAUAAGUAGUAUAAAGUAUAAAAUAUUGGAAGCGCAUUUAAUAACUUUGAUUUUAGAUGUUUAUGAAUUAUGGUAGUGGUACUGUUGUUUAUGUAUUACUUUUUAUGAUUAUGACUGGAUGUAAUGCAGUGAUUUUCAAACUUUUUUGGGGCAGUAAAAUUUUAAUUAAUGUAUUAAUUUAGUCCCUGUAUUUUAAAGCGCAUAUUUAAGAAAAUAUUGUAGCUAUGCAGAAAUUUGAGAAGUUACAUGCAAAAACAUUUAGCAUGUCGUUUUCUUUUCAAAUGACAAUUCAUGUAUUUUGGGUGCCAACCCAGACAUUGAAAAUCACUGCCUUAAUUAAAUAUUAUAAUGAGCCAUUGAGCCAUAAAAGACUUUAGAUGUUCAAGGUUUCAUGUCGGCCAUGUUGGCUAAAAAGUGCUAGAUGCUAAUUACACCAUUGAGGUCAGACAGACCUUUCUGCCUCUUUAGAAGUGGUCAUUUGUAACACGUCAUGUGCUUAUUAUAGAAAAGGGAAAAAAAUUGGAAAGAAGCCAUGCUGGUUGUCUUUACUCCUCUUUCAAUAUGGAAUGUGCAAUGUAUGGCAUAGGGCAUGGACAGGACUUUUUUUU